AUCAUGAAUAGACUCACACAUGAAUACCAGCCGGGGACUGUAUAAUGCAUUGCUGAAUAACAAAUGUGCCACACGUCCGGGCUACCUGAGGUAACAGUAGUUCUAUUUUAAGAUCAAAUCUGUCAAUGAGACUUGUCGUUGGUCACCAUGUACGCUGUGACCAAUAUCCAGUUACUCGUGGGACGUAAUCGUAUCGUGGACACUUUCAGUACAGAAUCAGAGACGGAAUAACGUUGAAACAUGGAAGAUUCAUCCCAGGAGGAACAAGAUGAAGAGGCAAGCAACACCGAGGAGGAAUGCCGGGAGGUACUCAAGUACCUACAGGAAACCCAGCAAAAUUCCAGUCUCCUUGAAAAGAUUCGCUGUCUUGAAGAACAGCUGGAGGAUAAGGACUUUCAGAACAGGCAGCUUCAGGAGGACAUCUCCCUGCUUCAACAGAAAGAAGAAGAGUUGACCCAGAUGCUGGAGUCGGUGUCGUUGACGGACGAACCCAAGGAUAACAGCAGCAGCUUCGGCUACAACAUGAGGAGGAGUUGGAGGUCCCUGUCCAGCAGGGUUGGCCUAAACAAGCUGGGGAGGUCCGAGAAGGGCAGACAGAUCUCCAACGUACUCAACAACAUCAAGAAGAAGAUGAAAGCGCCGUUAAGGCGAAGUAGAACCAAAGAUGGUGUGGUGAAGACGGAUGUAGACACACAGACACCAGAUGCAGUUGUAGAUGUGGCGGUGCUGAAGGAUGAAGAAUCCCAGACUCCAGGUGUGUAUCCGGAUGGGGAGACAGAGGAGGGACUGGUGUACAUUCUGACCGACGUCCAGGGGAUGUCCAGCAUCUCUAUCACAUGUCCCCACCAAUCGCUGGACACGAGCAGGGUCAACACCGAAUGUUGCCACAUCACACAGGACGGUCAACUGAUGAACUGUUCGCCCACGGACCCCGGUCAUCAGGGACAAAAGAAAUAUCAGAAGUGUUUUGGGACAUGUGCAACACCUUUCAUCACCCUUGCCAGGAAUACUGCCACGCCCCCCUCCCCACCCCAGUACUGGGAGGUCGGAGCCCAGGUAGACAUCAUGGACCUUGAUAAGUUGUGGAAAUGGAAGACGUGCCUGGAGAUUGGCGUAGCGGAAGAGGAUUCGACGGACAAUAUGUCUCUUUACCGCCAGACGGGUGUGUGGUGUAUUCGGGUGGCAGACUGUAAACGGGUGAUUUCGUCUCAGAUAUGGAUCAGAGGGAACCUUGUGACCUUCAAGGACAUUAUGUCUCGAUCUCCAGGAACAAGUGCCACCCUUAGCUUUGGCAUUGUGCUGGAUGUUCAAAGAGGCAGGAUAGCCUUUGUGGACCUGAGUAGAAACGUCCUUCUGUACAAAACUGAUGCUGUGUUCAAACAGACGCUUUAUAGGAUGUUUAGUGUUCAUCCGUUCUCAGAUGAACUGUCGGUGAAGGUGAAGCUGGUCAGUGGAAAGGACAUCGUGAUGACCACACAGAAACAGAAACUGAUUAGUAGCGCACUGGCACCGUCCCUUGUUGACGAGUCCGAGUGCUGACUUGUGGGCCUGGUAAUCUUCACUUUCCCGAGACAGAUACUUAUCUGUAUAAUAAGCUCUGGAUACACGAUGAUACAUAUGAUACAAUAACUCGAAACGGAUACAUAUCAUGCCUGAACACGCCGUUAUCAAAGGUCAUCAUAUCCCAGUUGCGUAAAUCGAUGCUCAUGCCUAAGAGGCGACUAACGGGACUUGGCUGACACAUGUCA